AUGUCGGCCUCAACAAGCUUGACAGGUUUGAUGAUCCUAGCAGACACACACCCAACCCACCUCGUCAUGGUCGGCGAGUACAAAUCCAGCCGACACCUCAUAAAACCCUGGGCAAUCAUCCUAAUCCCCACAUCAUGUCUCCUCCAAUCCAGAAAUCACAUCUACAUCCCUACCAGUCCUACCAGCGCUACUGCUAAUACUAUUACUAGUGGCAUGAGAUCCGCUUCAGACCCCGAACUCGGCACAGCAGGCAACCACCAAGCGAUCAUCUACGACCGCACAGGGUCCACCCGCCAAAUCCCCGUUAAAAACCUAGGCGACACCUUCUCCUCCAUGUUCCGCGUAGGCGCGAUGCCCAUAAGCCGCCUGAACCGUUUCGGAGGCGUGAUCGAGUGGGCUCAGGCUACGGCCUACCCCGCAGGCUCCCCCCUCGCUAAAAAGAGUAAGAAACAAAAAUUGCAUCCGCAGGCUUGGAUCGUCUCUGCUUUAGACAACCUGAGGUGCGUAGGCUUCCCUAUCAGAGGUGCAUCCCAUCAGGGCCUGUUGGACCAUUUCGAGGCCGUGUCCCGUGGUGAGAGUAGUUUGGCGACUGCUAGGAGGAAGAUUGGAUUGAGGAAGAAUUCGAAUGAAGGUACUGGCAGGUCCUUUUGGCUUAGAGGGAAGAGCGUUUAA